ACCACCACUCUGAUAAACCUCAUCGGCAACGAAGAAGGAAGGAAUAGAACCAUGUGAUCCAUUUUAAUUGUCCUUCCACCAAAAAUCUUUUUCAUUUAGGCCCCUCCAAAACCCCUUUUCCCAACCUCCCCUUCUCCAUUAUUUCAGAUCUCCUUUUGCCAACCCUUUUCUCCACCAAAACUUUCCAUUCCUUUACUCAUGGAAAACCAAAACCAUUUCAUGUUUUUCAUCUUCUUCACAACUAAUUUUCUCACUUUAAUCUUGUUCUUCUUCACCACCCAAACAUCAUCCCAAUACACCGACACUACUCUUUUCUACUCCGGCUUCAAACACAUGACCCCCAACAACACCAAUCUCACUCUGACCGGAAACGCGGAGAUUCAGCAAAACGGCAUCCUGAGGCUGACAAACGACAGCAGAAGGGUAACGGGCCAUGCCUUUUCUAGCUCUCCCUUUCGUUUCAAGAAUUCCUCCACCGGAAAAGCCUUCUCCUUCUCGACCUGCUUCGCCUUCACCAUAAUCCCCGAGUACCCGAAACUCGGCGGACAUGGCUUAGCCUUCACUAUCGUCCCUUCCAUAGACCUCAAAGCCCUUCCUAGCCAGUACCUCGGACUCCUCAACGCCAGCGACAGCAGCGGAAACUUCUCGAACCAUCUCUUCGCCGUCGAGUUCGACACCGUCCAGGACUUCGAAUUCGGCGACAUAAACGACAACCAUGUUGGAGUCGACCUCAACAGCCUCAACUCCACCUUCUCGGCCGCCGCAGCCUACUUCGACGACGCCGUUUCGGAGAGCCGGAACUUCAGCCUCAACGGGAAAGCCAUUCAGGCUUGGAUUGAUUACGACUCCGAUCGGAAUCUCCUCAACGUAACGAUCUCUCCUUCCGGAAACAAACCGAAGGUUCCUCUCUUGUCUUCCGAAAUCGAUCUUUCUGUAAUUCUUGAGGAAUUCAUGUACGUCGGGUUUUCCGGUUCCACGGGAUUGCUCGCGAGUUCUCAUUACAUCUUGGGUUGGAGCUUCAAGAUCAAUGGCGAAGCUCAAACUUUAGAUUUAUCUUCUCUUCCUCACCUUCCGGGUCCGAAGAAGAGUCACACUGAUUUAACCAUCGGAGUUUCGGUGUCGUCCUUUAUUCUACUGAUUUCUGUGAUUUCUCUCGCAGUUUAUCUCUUUGUGAAGAUAAAAAACGCUGAUCCGAUCGAGACAUGGGAAUUUGAGGUAGGCCCACAUAGAUAUUCUUACAAAGAGCUGAAAAAGGCGACGAAGAACUUCAGAGAGAAAGAGCUUUUGGGAUAUGGCGGGUUUGGGAGAGUCUACAAAGGAAAGCUUCCAAAGUCGAAAGCCGUAGUUGCAGUAAAGCGAAUAUCUCAUGAAUCCAAACAGGGUCUUAGGGAGUUUGUGUCUGAGAUCGCGAGUAUUGGCCGGUUACGACAUCGGAAUUUGGUUCAGCUCAUGGGCUGGUGUCGUCGUAGAGGUGACCUUCUUUUGGUUUACGACUUUAUGGAGAAUGGAAGCUUGGAUAAAUUCCUCUUCGAUGAGCCGAAAACGACACUGCGUUGGGAGCAGCGGAUGAAGAUCAUAAACGGCGUCGCUUCGGCGCUUCUCUACCUCCACGAGGGCUUCGAGCAGGUCGUCAUCCACAGAGACGUCAAGGCCAGUAACGUUUUGUUGGACGGCGAGUUAAACGGCCGUUUAGGGGAUUUCGGAUUAGCGAGGCUUCAUGACCAUGGAGCCAAUAUGAGCACGACACGUGUAGUUGGGACUUUGGGGUAUUUGGCGCCGGAGUUCCCUAGAACCGGCAAGGCCACGGCGGGCUCUGAUGUUUUUGCGUUUGGGGCCCUUUUGUUGGAGGUGGCCUGUGGGAGACGGCCCAUUGAGCCCAAAUCGAGCCCGGAGGAGCUUGUUCUUGUUGACUGGGUUUGGGACAAGUACAAAGAAGGGAAUGUUUCGGAGAUUGUGGACAAGAGGUUGGAGGGGGAAUACGACGUCGUUGAGGCGGUGAUGGUGGUGAAGUUGGGCUUGAUGUGCUCGAACAGUGUUGCUUCGGCCCGGCCCAGUAUGAGGCAGGUUGUGAGGUACUUGGAAGGAGAGGUUUCCGUACCGGUGGAGGUGAGGAAUCCAAAUGGGGAGUUUGAUGGGAGGAAAGAUCAUUUGGGUGUUGAUCACGAUGGGUUUGAUGAUUUCUUGCAGUCGUUUCCUUCAUCGUCGUUUGACGGGUUGAGCAAGUCGUAUUCCUUUGGGGCUAAUAAUAGGGAUUUGGACACUAGUUUUGCUGCUUCCCCUAUUUCACUUCUUUAUGGUAGAGGAGAGAGUAGAUUGUCGGAUUAGAUUCAUCAUCAGCCUUUUUUUUUUUUUUGUUUUUUUUUUUUUGGAGGAAUUUCAAUGGUGUAAUGAUUGAUGAUAGAACAAAAAGGAGAAUGAAAUGCAAAAUGGCUUAAAUAAUGUAGAUAGAGAAUGUUUGGACUGAA